UCACCCUCUCCGCUAUUCAAACACGCUGCCGUCCUCGCCCGAGCAAGACAACAAACAAACACCACGCGAAGCAAAGCAAAAGCGAAGCGGAGCGCCCCAACCCGAGCCCCGACACCGCGAGCGGCUAGGGUUCCCCACCGGACGGCAUUGCGGCCGCCGGCGGUCCCGGGGGGCGCGCGAUUUGGAUGGUGGGCUGAGGCGCCGGGGCCCAGAUCUGAGAUGGCCGACGGCGGCGGCGGCUGCGAGGAGGGGAAUGCGCCGGCGCACAGGGGCUCCGCGCGCAGGCGCGGGGCGGCGCAGCUGGGCCUCGACGCCGACGAGCUCCUCACGCUGAUGCACGGCUCGGAUCCCGUCAAGGUCGAGCUCAACCGGCUCGAGAACGAAGUCAGGGAUAAGGAUAGGGAGCUGGGCGAGGCGCAGGCGGAGAUUAAGGCGCUGCGCCUGUCGGAGAGGGCGCGGGAGAAGGCCGUCGAGGAGCUCACUGAUGAAUUGGAGAAGCUGGAUGAGAAGCUCAAGUUGACAGAGUCUCUCCUCGAUAGCAAAAAUCUAGAACUGAAAAAAACAAAUGAUGAGAAGAAAGCAGCUAUGGCAGCCCAGUUUGCAGCAGAAGCAACACUGCGUAGAGUACAUGCAGCCCAAAAGGAUGAUGAUAUGCCACCUAUUGAAGCCAUUCUUGCACCACUUGAAGCUGAGUUAAAGCUUGCUCGGCAAGAGAUUGCAAAGCUCCAAGAGGACAACAGAGCAUUAGAUCGUUUGACAAAGCAAAAGGAGGCAGCACUGCUAGAAGCAGAAAGGACUGUACAAACUGCAUUAGCAAAAGCUGCUAUGGUUGAUGACAUGCAAAACAAGAACCAAGAUCUGAUGAAGCAAAUCGAGAUCUGCCAGGAAGAAAAUAAGAUUUUGGAUAGGUUGCACCGCCAAAAAGUUGCGGAAGUCGAAAAGCUUAGUCAAACAGUCAGAGAGCUUGAAGAGGCUGUCCUUGCUGGUGGUGCAGCUGCUAAUGCUGUUAGAGAUUACCAGCGGAAAGUCCAGGAAAUGAAUGAAGAAAGAAAAGUUCUUGACCGUGAACUUGCUCGAACAAAAGUUACAGCAAACAGGGUUGCUGUUGUAGUUGCAAAUGAGUGGAAAGAUGGCAAUGACAAAGUAAUGCCUGUUAAACAGUGGCUUGAAGAGCGCAGAUUUCUGCAGGGUGAGAUGCAGCAACUUCGUGACAAACUUGCUAUUGCAGAACGAACGGCUCGAUCGGAAGCUCAAGUAAAGGAAAAGUAUCAGUGGCGCCUAAAAGUUCUAGAAGAUGGAUUGAGGGGGCCGCCAAGUGGUUCUAGCCGUCCUCCUACAGAAGGAAGGAAUACAAGUGGUGGAUCUUCCCGUCGUCUAUCACUAGGUGGAGCUGAUAAUAUGUCCAAAGUCUCCCCGGUUGGUGCAUUAAUGAGGAGAUCUCCAUCUUUCAAUUCGAGGCCCUCUCUUUCUACUGGCAGCAGCUUGGUCCUCAAGCACGCAAAAGGGACUUCAAGGUCUUUCGAUGGUGGUACGAGGUCUUUAGACAGGGGAAAGGUCCUUGUGAAUGGACCUCAUUUACUCAAUAGAUCUACAGAUGCUGUUGGGGACUGCGAGACUACUGAUAGCUGGAAGGCUAGUGGAGAAGAGAAAAAUACUGAAACCACAAAUAGUGAUUCAACUGAUAUGGUCUCUGGUGUACUCUAUGACAUGCUGCAGAAGGAGGUAGUUUCAUUGAGAAAGGCAUGCCAUGAGAAAGACCAAAGUCUAAAGGACAAGGAUGAUGCAAUUGAGAUGUUAGCAAAGAAAGUAGACACCUUAACCAAAGCCAUGGAAGUGGAGGCUAAAAAGAUGAGGAGAGAGGUAGCUGCUAUGGAGAAAGAAGUUUCUGCUAUGCGCCUUGAGAAGGAACAAGAGAACAAGGCCAAGCGUCUUGGUAGUUUGAGAGGACCUGGCACAGUUUCUCAGGCCCUUCCCGGAAGAAGUGCACCACGUGGCGGGUUGUCGCGCAACAUCCAAUGACGCAUCGCACCUCUAACACCAGGCAGCAUGAAAUUCUUUGAUAGGUUCUGUUUUCCCUUCGUGUCCCCCAAUUAAUUUUGUGAUUGAGAUUAGCACAGAUGACCCUCUGAUACCUAGAUUGGGGAAAAGAGUAGGCUUUGCAUCAUCUGACACCGACUCGCUGUAAUGUAGUGGUGAAGGUGUAGUAAACCCUUCGGGUAAGGCUUACUUGACCUUGCGGCACACUCUCAUUUUGUCAAGGCAGUGCGCGUUGUGGUUGUAUAGGCUGGAGGAAGACCGACCCCGCGUCUUCGUGGAUCUUCUCUUCUCCCAACUGUAAUUUUUUAGCUAGUGUGGUUUCUUUUUACUUGUCCGGGUUGUGGUUUGUGAAUAUCAUUUGUACCCUGCUGUGGUCACCGUCUCCACUAUUCGUUUGUUUGUUGUUGC